GGUGGUUCCACCCCCCCGAACCGCUGCCAGCUCCGGCACAGGACGACACGGUGCAGGACGACACACCACCAGCUAACUGUGUCCAAAGCCGUGGUUCCGAGAGGUGAUGCUGGGUGUGGCCGGGAUGACGGGCAGCAUUGCUAAUGCCCUGGCCAAUGCAGCCUGUGAGCGAUGCAAGAGUGGCUUCGCUGCGACGGAGAAGAUUGUCAAUAGUAAUGGAGAGCUGUACCAUGAGCACUGCUUUGUGUGUGCUCAAUGUUUCCAGCAGUUUCCAGAGGGACUGUUCUAUGAGUUUGAAGGGAGAAAAUAUUGUGAACAUGACUUCCAGAUGCUCUUUGCUCCUUGCUGUCACCAGUGUGGGGAGUUCAUCAUCGGCCGUGUCAUUAAGGCCAUGAACAAUAGUUGGCAUCCUGACUGCUUCUGCUGUGACAUUUGCCAGGCUGUGCUUGCUGACGUGGGGUUUGUCAAAAAUGCUGGUAGGCACCUGUGUCGCCCGUGCCAUAACCGUGAGAAAGCUCGUGGCCUGGGCAAGUACAUCUGCCAGAAGUGCCAUGCCAUCAUUGAGGAGAACCCACUGAUCUUUAAGAAUGACCCUUAUCACCCAGACCACUUCAACUGCAACAACUGUGGGAAGGAAUUGACUGCUGAAGCCAGGGAACUGAAGGGGGAGCUCUACUGUUUGCCCUGCCACGACAAGAUGGGUGUACCAAUCUGUGGUGCCUGUAGGAGACCCAUCGAGGGGCGUGUUGUCAAUGCCAUGGGCAAGCAGUGGCAUGUAGAGCAUUUUGUGUGUGCCAAGUGUGAGAAGCCUUUCCUCGGUCAUCGGCAUUAUGAGAGGAAGGGGUUGGCCUAUUGUGAGACUCAUUAUAACCAGCUCUUUGGUGAUGUGUGCUAUCACUGCAACCGUGUGAUUGAAGGCGAUGUGGUUUCUGCUCUCAACAAGGCCUGGUGUGUCAAUUGUUUCUCAUGCUCUACCUGCAAUACAAAACUCACUCUCAAGAACAAGUUUGUUGAGUUUGACAUGAAGCCUGUUUGUAAAAAGUGUUAUGAGAAGUUUCCUCUGGAGCUGAAGAAACGGCUCAAGAAGCUGGCUGAAUCUUUGGGACGCAAGUGAGAUGCUUCCAGCUAAACAACCUGAGAGUAUGUCUAUGAUUUCUGUCUGCAUUACAACACAAGGACCCGUCCUCUUACCAGUGUAUCAAUAUUAGUCAUUUAAAUCUGGGAUCUACUUAAAAAUAUGAAUAUAUAUCACUGUGAUGUUGUCAUAAAGGUGCCUCUUAUCAGAUGUUUUUUCUUGCUGUUUUUAUUUUUAUAUAUGCAAAUGUUUUUUUGUUGUUUUUUUUUUUACAUUCCUAAAUUGUCCAAAUUUGUUAUUCUCCCCUAAACAAGACAUGUGGUGUACCAGUUUAUGACGACUUUACCACAAGCAUAAUUACCUACUGCUAUGUCUAAAACUUUGGAAAAGAUUGUUCUGCAUUAUUUUAAAUUACAUGUGUGCCUUGAAUAUAUGAAUUAUGUGUCUUAAAACGCAGAUAAUGGUUAAAAUGUAACAUACGUUAUAAUACAGUUAUGCCUUAGUAAAUCUAUCUUAAUUAGACAAAGUAUCUAGUGAAAGCAUUUAUACCUCAGCACGAGUAAUUAAAAAACAACCACUGUGUUUUAUAGGAUAUUGCAAUGAUGUCUCCUGCUAACAGGAAAAAAAUAAAUAACAUGUUUAAAGAAAAACUUAAAAUGAGCUAUUACUGGGAGCAAGGCUAACCUCUUAAUGAGAUGUGUUUACUCUAAUACUCAUCAACUGGUGAUGUUAAAUCUAUGUGAAAUGUUAGAAGUUUGUAUGUAAUGUUUAGAACCGGUUGUCUCUGAAUUACUAAUAGACUGUUGAUUUUUUCCAAUUUGCCCUUUAGUCCCAAUGUUUUGAAACGUCAACAGCAAGCUGGGAGAGAAUAUGAGAUCAGAGGGCGCUAUUAUGAUUAGAAAGACUACAAAUCCGAGUGUAUCUUUUACCCUAACCCACUGAUGUUAAGGCCUCCAGUAUGAACUGUGUUUUCAGUAUGUAUGGCAGUGUAAUGUUAAUGCUUGUACUGUAAAUGCCUGGGGUUUGUUUGUUUGAUAUUUUUAGCUAAAUUAACGUUUGCAACUUUCUGAGGGAAACAGUUCAAAGGAAUCCAGAUGAAAUGAACCUUCAGCUGAUUAUUUAAUGUGAGAAUACUUUGAUGUUAAAGUAUCAAUGAGUCAGCACAUUGCUUGGGUUGUUUGUACGUGCCACACAACAAAAAAUGAUCUUUGCUUGGGUAAGCAUUUUUUAUUAUUAGAACACUUGCAUAUACAUUUUAUUUGCCAGAAUUUACAUCUGAUUUGCCAGAAACAGAGAAUUACAGUUUACUGUAGCACAUAUACUGUAUUUGAUUUUCUGCUAAAUGAUCAAUAAAGUAUUCCUAAACGCA